AGAUAUCAGACAGACCUGGAGCUCCUGGUGCUGCCUCCAAGGCGCCACUAGAGAGGAUAAAUGACCAUACCACUUAUGCAUAUCUAGAUCCCAGUCAACCAUGAGGAUUAACUUCUGUCAGCAGACUCUUGUAGCAGCAGUUGUGGUUACACUCACUGUGGUGCCCUGCAUUGAAGCUAAGACUACACAGAAGCCAAAGUACCAGUACACUAAGAAGCCUCUUCCUCAGAUCACCGUGCACAGCCCUGUGACCACUAGCACGCCCAAAACUCUCAAGACAGUGGCAAGCACAAAUCCUGUGGAGCCCCAUCCAGUGCCCGCCACAGAGAGGACCACCUAUCCAAGCCAUGUCUUCUCUCAGUACUACACUGAGCCUCCUGGUGUUGGACCUGAGAACUACACCCUAGAUUACAAUGAGUGUUACUUUAACUUCUGUGAGUGCUGUCCACCUGAGAGAGGCCCCAGGGGGCCAAAGGGAGACAGGGGCCUGGCAGGGCCACCUGGCGACAGGAGUCUUGCAGGAGAACCUGGGUUACCAGGACCACCAGGUGUGAGUGGUCCAAUGGGGUUAAAAGGAGAGAAAGGUGACAGAGGUUACAGCGGGACAGUUGGACCACAAGGAGUACCAGGGAAACCAGGACAAAAAGGUGAUGUUGGCUCAAAAGGUGACGAAGGUAAAAUAGGGUUGCAAGGUGUCAAAGGUCAUAGUGGGGGGAAAGGUGAACCUGGCUUCAAUGGAACUGCUGGUGAGAAAGGAGAACCGGGAACAGAAGGGCCAGCUGGACCUCCAGGAGCGGCUGGUCCUAAGGGAGACAAGGGAGAUAAGGGGGAGUGUGGCUUUUUUGGGGAGAAAGGGCAAAAGGGUGAACAAGGAGAUCCUGGGCCACCUGGCAUGCCAGGAGUGAUGGGUAUUCCAGGAAUAAAUGGCAAGCACGGUUCCCCAGGUCCUGUAGGUGUCCAAGGAGAUCCAGGACUUCCUGGACCACCAGGACAGCCAGGCGUGGGAGGGCCUCAGGGACCACAAGGCAUAAGAGGAAUGCCUGGGCCAAAAGGGGACAGAGGUUACCCGGGGAUGAGAGGUGAUCGGGGCAUUCGUGGAGUCAAAGGAGCGAAGGGAUCAGGGGUGCCCCAGAAACGCUCAGCCUUCAGUGUCGGCAUCUCUCCAAGAAAGUCCUUCCCUCCAUCUGGCUUCCCAAUCCGCUUUGACAAGAUCUUCUACAACGAGGAGAACCACUUCAACCUCACUUCCAACAGCUUUACCUGUGUCCACGCCGGGGUUUAUAUCUUCUCCUUCCACAUCACUGUACGCAAUCAGCCGCUGCGCGCCACACUGGUAGUGAAUGGGUCACGGCGGGUAAGGAUGCGCGACUCUCUGUAUGGUCAAGACAUCGACCAGGCAUCCAGUCUUGUGGUGCUGCAGCUGGCAGAGGGUGAUCAGGUGUGGAUGGAGACACUCAGAGACUGGAACGGGAUGUAUGCCAGCAGUGAGGACGACAGUAUCUUCUCUGGGUUUCUGCUUUACUCAGACAAGGUCUGAUACACAGUAGUGCUACUGACAAUACCUUCUUCUACUGUUCUAACCAGACCACAUCUGUGAAAAGGCCAGAUGGUGGUGCCACACCACAGAACUCAGAGACUGCUUGAAAGCUGUUCUGUACACUAGA